CCUCUCUUUUCUCGUUUUUGACGUUGACAACAUCGAAACACUAGCGCAGCGUUGACAUUCAUUGAUCAGUAUUCCUACGGUCUCAACACAUCGCACAUGUAUUUUUUUUGUUGAGAUUUAAGAUAACAUUACGAUUGAUGUUUCAAAGUUCAUUGCAGUGAUUUUGGUAAAAUUAAUUGAUGUUUCAUAGUCCAAAUUUAUAAUUAAAGUUUUACACAAAAAAAAGUAAUAGAAAAGAAUCAAAAACAUGACAUCAGAUACAGAAGACUUCGGGAACGAUAAAAUUAGACGGAGGACCCGCAGUGUGACUCGCGCCGAAGAGAUUUCCACAAAACAGCAGAAGCAACGCAGAUCACAACCUGAUAAACCAUGCCACAGGCCACGGGAUUCAUUGUUUUCAUGGAGUUCAGGAUUCCAUAAUUUCACGGGUUUAGUGAACUGGGGAUUUCUACUCCUGACAAUGAGCGGUUUCAGGUUACUUUUGGAAAACUUGUUGAAAUAUGGUAUAAGAGUCGAUCCAUUUCAAUGGUUCGUUGUACUUACGGGUCGCGAUGAGGGAGCUGGCGUUCCUUCAAUCAUUUUACUACUUUACUCCAUCGUGCCCAUACUGAUAUGUUUGUUGAUAGAACGAGGAAUGUCAUUGAAUAUUAUCCGCGAAGGUGCUGGAAUGUUUGUUCAUAUCAUAAACAUCAUGGUGUUGGUGCUAAUACCCAUGGUUAUAAUCCACGUCAACGGGGACUCAUUCAGUCUGAUUGGUGCUAUGACAGUGUGUUUUCACUAUUCAAUACUCUUCAUGAAAUUAUGGAGCUACGUUCAGGUCAAUAUGUGGUGUCGAAAUCAAUUAAAUGAUAUACCAAACAAGUCACGCAGCCGAUCGCAAAGUAUUACUGUUGCAGAGUUGCAAGAAGAACGUAACGGAGCAUACUUAGCAUCAUUCCAUAAGACCGACAGAGACAUCACACCUUUGGUUCAAUACCCAGACAACCUGACUGUCAAGGAUUUGUUGUAUUUCUUAUGUGCACCAACAUUGUGCUAUGAAUUGAACUUUCCCAGAACAGAUCGAAUUCGAAAACGAUUUCUUCUUAAACGAAUUUUGGAGGUUCUUAUCGGAUUUAAUGUGGUUUUGGGACUGUUUCAACAGUGGAUGAUACCGUCUGUUCGGAAUUCGUUGAUUCCGUUUUCAAACAUGGAUGUAGCUAAAGCAACAGAACGGCUUCUAAAGCUGGCGAUCCCCAAUCAUUUUGUUUGGCUGUGCUUUUUCUAUUUAACAUUCCACUCGUUUCUGAAUCUCGUUGGAGAGCUGUUACAUUUUGCCGACCGCAACUUCUACUGUGACUGGUGGAAUGCAAAUAAUAUCGACACAUUUUGGCGUACGUGGAAUAUGCCUGUGCAUCGGUGGUGCGUGCGGCACGUUUACAUUCCUGUUGUUGACUUGGGCUAUAGCCGGACGGCCGCUUCGUUGAUUGUCUUUUUCAUUAGUGCAUUCUUCCACGAAUAUUUAGUCAGUGUGCCACUGAAAACAUUCAAAAUAUGGGCAUUCAUGGGAAUGAUGGGACAAAUUCCUCUGUCAUACUUGUCAAAAUUUAUGGAGAAAGAAUAUGGGCCACGGUGGGGAAAUUUGGUUGUUUGGGCAUCAAUAAUUCUGGGACAACCUCUCGCAGUGAUGAUGUACUACCACGAUUAUGUGAUUACUAACUUCAAUGAAGCUAUAAAAAAUGCGAGCAUAUAAUUUGCAACUUAAUUCAAAUACAUUCGAAAUGAUUUUUUUGACGUUUUCCGCAAAUUACUGUUGGUAAUUUAUGUGAAAACAUUUGUUUACAAUUCCGAAAAAUCGGAAUUCACUAUUUGAUAUGUAUUUCGCUACUUGCACUUGAACAAUGAACUUUCUAUUUAACGUCCUUAAGAUUUGACUUCAACAAAAGUCAAUUUUCUUUAUAAAAAUAAUAAUAUAGUCAAUGUAUUUAUAUGUUGAAAAUAUCAAGUCGAUCAAUUUGGAAAAUUCGAAUUAAUACUUUGUAUGUUCAUACUAUUAGUUGUUACUAAUAUGGAAUUGUUAUCUUUCUUGCAAAUAUUGCAAAAAUGUUAAAUGGUACCAAAAACACUGACCAAUGACCGAUGUAUCUGUAAACAACAGAUGUACAUAAUAAGAAAUUACAAUGAAUAAAAACGAUUUUUUUAUAAUCGA